AUGUUCCUACUUCUUCUCUUCCUUUUGUCCCCAAUCGCCUCAUCCGCCGAGCUCUGUCACCCUGAUGACAAAGCUGCAAUUCUCAAAUUCAAAAAAAACUUACCAAUGUGGAACUCAGAUGGCGAUUGUUGUGACAUAUUUGAUUGUGACCAAACCACACAUCGUGUCAUACGCUUUGUUCUCACCCACUCUAACCUCGCAGGCACAAUCCCAGAUUCCAUUGGUGAUUUGACGUAUUUAAACACAGUUCUAAUUACCAAGAUGCCGUUUCUUGUUGGUGAAAUCCCACAAAGUGUGGCAAAACUGAAAUAUGUCGACUCUUUUGAAAUCAGUUGGACCAACGUCUCCGACAUCGUGCCUCCGUUUCUUUCAGAGCUCAAAAAUGUAUGGAUUCUUAAUCUUUCGUAUAACAAUUUAUCAGGUCUAAUCCCAUCGUCUCUAGCCACUCUCCCACAUCUGAUCAGACUAGACCUGAGUCGUAAUAGACUCACCGGGUCAAUCCCUGAGUCAUUCGGUCAUCUUGUAUCUCCAAACUCGCAAGGAUCACUAUCAUUGAUUUUAUCUUAUAACAUGCUCUCUGGUGAGAUCCCUAAAUCUGUUGGAAACACGAACUUCAACCGGUUUGAUGUAUCAAGGAACAACUUGUCAGGAGAUGCUUCCAUGUUGUUUGGUGCAUUGAAAAAUACGUGGGUUCUUGAUAUCUCGAGAAACAAUUUCGAGUUUGAUUUAUCACCAGUGAGUUUCAUGACCCACGGGUUGGUGUAUUUGGAUUUAUCACAUAACAAGAUAUAUGGGAAGAUAUCGUCUCAAAUAGUGGAAGCUAUUGAUUUACAAUGGCAUCCACCGAGCGUUGUCAUCCUGACGACAAAGCUGCAAUUCUCAAAUUCAAAAACAGCUUCUCAAACGGGCUUUCAAGUUGUGUCAGCAUGGACUCCAAAUCGCGAUUGUUGUACCAUAUUUGAUUGCGAUGAAACCACAAAUCGUGUCAUAGACUUUUCCAUCACCUACUCUAACCUCGUUGGCACAAUCCCAGAUGCCAUUAGUGAUCUAACGUAUUUGAAGACGCUUCUAUUGCACAAGAUGCCGUUUCUUGUUGGAGAAAUCUUACAAAGUUCGACUAAACUGAGAUAUCUCACGUCAAUCGAUAUCAGUUGGACCAACGUCUCCGGCUAUGUGCCUCCGUUUCUUGCAGAGCUUAAGAUCGAGUGUGAUGUUCAUUAA